CAGAGACGGUUCGCGAAGCUCUCACGGUGCUUACUCCUUCAGUUUAGCGGGCAAGCCGUCACAAUACACUCGUGUACACCCGGCUCAUAACCGUUUGGCGGGAACGACGAUCGCGCAAUUCGUACACCAUAACAUAAAAGAACCACUUAUUUAAAAGCUGCAGUGUUUCUCUAGGACAAUGCAUAAAAAGUCUAGAUUUCUUAUGCUUUUGCAAUGGCUCGUCGUAAUGAAUAUUUCGAUAUUACAAACAGAGGGGUCAUCGUUAGGAUCAAAUUGCCGCUCCAACGGGGACUGUAGUGUUAUGAACGCACAAUGCACCAGAGGCUUAUGCACAUGUCGACCGUACUAUGCACAGGUUGACGACUCUACGUGUCUUGAAUCGACUCUCUUAGGCUCCGAAUGCGUGGUGUCGGAACAGUGCACCUUAAAAGUUGCCUACAGCGCCUGCUUAGAUGGGGUUUGCCGAUGUUCAGACGGACAUUUGCAGUUUAGGAAGCAUACCUGUCUUUCUCCUGCACCACCGGGUCACGUCUGUUAUAGUAACGAACAUUGCCGUUUGUGGGAUAAAGAAAGUCAUUGUGAAUUCGUCAUACCAAAUCUAUUUGGACGGUGUUCUUGUAACGCGUUUUUUAAGAAAACCGGAGAUAAAUGCGUCGCUCAAAAACCAUCUGCGUAUUCAACGGAGGCAGUGAUACUUGAAAAAGAUAUGAUAACUAUAGAGUCUGUUAAGGGAACACCAUCUAAUCAAGAAUUAUACGAUAAAGUAUCCAAGCUUCAAAAAAUUACCAAACCAGUGGAUUCCAUUGGAAAAUCUAAAUUAACAGCAAUUAAAGACGAUAUUCAACCGAGCAAUUUACCUAUGUUUACCAGUAAAAAUGAUGUACUAAGUACACAAGAAGAUAGUCCCCUUAUGCAAACUGCCUUAAAAGUACCCACUAUAGAACCUAGUAAACUACCGGUAUCAAACAGAAAAGAUGGUGAACCUAAUGAAUUGAUUAGAGUUGAUGAAAUGACAGCUAAUUUGCAUGCUAACGAUCAACCAAUAUAUAGAGUAGUCACUCAGCCAACGAUUGAAAAGAAGUCAAACAAGAAAGGAACUACAAAGGAUCAGAAUAGUAAUAAGUCUAAUAAAAGUGGUCAUCAAAAAAAAUCUUCAUUAAAAGAUAAAAAUCGUAUUCGCGCCGAUCCUGUUUCGUUCGACGUCGGACCGGCGUCUUUGGGAAUGCCCUGUUUCACAGAUGAACAGUGUCAUAUGGUGGAUCCAAACACACGAUGUGCUAAUAAGCGAUGCGAUUGUGCAUACCGUACAAAUUCUACCUCGGCUUGUUCAGCUCGCAACAGAGGAUGUUUGCCGGGCACAUUCCAAUGUCGUUCGACUGGUACAUGUAUAAGCUGGUACUUUGUUUGUGACGGUCGUAAGGACUGUCCGGACGGAUCGGACGAAAAAUGCCAAGGUACAGGUAGAGAUGGUACUGGCGAACGUUGCCCAAUACACGCGUUUCGCUGCGGAGGAGCGGGCUCGCCGUGCGUGUCGCGCUCCUCGCGCUGUGACGGCGUCGUGCAGUGUCCGGGCGGCGAGGACGAAAGGAACUGUCGAGCCACCAGGAGAAGAGGUUGUCCGCGACACACAUUCCGUUGCGGGUCGGGUGAAUGCUUACCGGAAUACGAGUUCUGCAAUGCCAUAAUCUCCUGCAAGGACGGCUCGGAUGAGCCUCCACAUCUAUGCAAUGAACAAUCACGUUGGCGUGCAGCGGACUUCUGUCCGCUGCGGUGUGGGAACGGGCGCUGUCGCAGCACGGCGGUCGCGUGCUCGGGCCGAGACGGCUGCGGGGACAACAGCGACGAGAUAGCCUGCGCCGUCUGCAAAUGUUCAGCGCCACCGCAACUGCCUUGAAAACACGAAGAUAACUUCAGGGAUAAAUCGUACCCGUAAAGAUCUCAACUGUUCAAUUAUCAUAGACUCGGUAGAAUUUAAAGUCUAAUACACUUUUAUAUAUUAAGAAAUGAACAAUGCACUAACAAUUGAGGUAAAAUAAUCGUA